UUUAUGCAUAUACCAAAACAAGCCUAUAUUUGCUGCUGUAUUGAACAAGUGAAUAACAAGAAAUAUAAACAAACACUUCUGCUACUGAAGCAAUAUAGCAGCUCGUUCAGUAAAAAUACUACUGUUGCUUCUUAAGUUACUACAAUCCAUUUCAGACUUACUAUCCGUGAAGUCUGAACGAGCAAGUAGAUGUUGCCUGUAAGUAGCCUGAGCGAUUAAAUUUUCCUUUAUGGUGUUGAACCCAUCUUCGAUAUGAAAAGACAGUCCUAACCACUAGUAGAACAGGAUUAGAAAAAAAUCGUUCUUCAUAUUAUAUAAUUCUUUCAAUAUGCAAUUCAAGAAUUCAUAUCUCAACAAUUAUCUCACUUGUGCUAUGCCAAACCUCUAAGUCUGUUUCAACAUUUGAAGUUUAAUUUUGGAGAGUCAACACCAGAAAACUGCACAAUUGUUGCAGUCCCUAGUUUAUAGACAGUUAAUGAUAACAAUGGAUGUCCGAAAUUUGAAUGAGUUCCAUAGUAGUCUAGGCUAAUAAUGGGCCUUUUAAAUUUUUCAGUUUAUGAGACUAAACAUUUAAAAUGUGAAAUCAAGUUUUUCAAGUGAGCUACAGUUCUAUUUAGAAGGACAAACUUUGCCUUUGUUAUAACAUCAGCAAGACUUUGGGAUAAGACAAGGGGUAAAAGACAACAUACUAGCAAAUCCAGAAGCACAAACCAAAGAUUAAUCCUCUAAUUUAAAUAAAAUUGUUAGCUGCUUAACUGUGAAGCCACGCUUUACUUAGCAUAAGCACAAAGUAGCAGUCUGAGUAAGUAAAUUUUCAUCCUAUAAAAAGCAAUGAUCUAAUGCUCUCUAAAGCAGAACAGCUUUAUAGUUUUUCCUAAAGAAGUCAUUUCAAAAUUUAGCAAAAUCAGCAAGGAAUGGAACUCCAAUCUAAUAGAUCACUUGCAUUAUUUUCUAUAGUAAUUCUAAUAUUAGCAGCUUCUUGUGAUGCUGGUGGAAUUGCUAUUUACUGGGGUCAGAAUGGAGGUGAAGGAACUCUGGCGGAAACCUGUGCCACAAAGAACUAUGACUUUGUGAAUAUAGCUUUUUUGCCAACCUUUGGAAAUGGUCAACAACCAAUGAUAGAUCUAUCUGGUCAUUGUAAUCCAAAUGUUGGCGAGUGUACCAAAUUAAGCACAGAUAUAAAAUCCUGCCAAGCCAAAGGAAUUAAAGUGAUUCUGUCGAUUGGAGGCGGUGCUGGGAGCUACUAUCUUGCUUCAGCUGAUGAUGCUAGGGAAGUUGCCACUUAUCUUUGGAACAACUUCUUGGGGGGACAAUCAACAACACGUCCACUUGGUGAUGCUGUUUUAGAUGGAAUAGACUUUGAUAUUGAAGGAGGAACCAAUCUCUACUGGGAUGUUCUUGCCAAGUCUCUUUCUGCGUAUAGCAGUAUGGGCAAGAAAGUUUACUUAACAGCAGCCCCUCAGUGUCCAUUCCCUGAUGCUUGGAUUGGAAAUGCCUUAAAAACAGGCCUUUUCGACUAUGUUUGGGUUCAAUUCUACAACAACCCUCCAUGUCAAUACAGUUCUAGUGAUAUUAGCAAUCUUGAAGCUGCAUGGGAACAGUGGACUGCAGAUAUCCCUGCCAAAAAGAUUUUUCUUGGCUUGCCAGCUGCUCCUGCAGCUGCUGGCAGUGGAUUCAUCCCUGCUGAUGACCUCACUUCUCAAGUUCUUCCAUCAAUAAAAAACUCUUCCAAGUAUGGUGGUGUAAUGUUGUGGUCAAAAUAUUAUGACGAUCAGACCAAUUAUAGUUCUUCAAUCAAGAGUGAUGUGUGAAGUUUUGAGCUAUACCUCAGCCCUUAUUUGUGAUGAAGUUUGUUGUGUUAAUAUACAUACAAGUAUGUAAUAUGAUAGCCACUUGUCUCCUGUGUAAUUAUGCUUCAAUUUAUGUAUCUAAAGGAAAUUACAUUGCCACUUCAAGA